ACGCGCACUUCAAUACCAACUUUGUGAGGAGCGCACAGGCGUAUUUACUGUUCACUGUUCACUGCUCCAAACACGUCUUCUGUGUUGAGCUGAGAACACUGAGCAAACACAUGCAUUUUUUAUAACUAAAACACAACAUUUUGAGGAUUUUUGGAUGUUUUUACGCACAGCAGCCAGGGCUUUCUUUGUGACUUGUGUUUCACUUUAACAGAAUUGUUUUCUUGUGUUGGACUUGUUGACAACAUCAUAAUGUGGAGGACUCGGUACGCGGACUGCAGCGGCUCUGAAACCAGUGAAGACACGGAGAUAGUUGUGAACAUCGGAGGAGUGAAACAGGUGUUAUAUGGAGACGUGUUGAACAGAUACCCGGACACUCUUUUGGCACAACUGGUGGACUGUUCCCUCAAGUCUCCUGAGGAAAUAUCCUCAUUAUGUGACGACUACGACCCUGACACAGGAGAAUUUUACUUCGACAGAGACCCAGAAGCAUUUAAAUGCAUAAUCGAGCUGUAUUAUUAUGGAGAGAUCCACAUGAAACGAGGCAUCUGUCCAAUCUGUUUCAUGAAGGAGAUGGACUUCUGGAAAAUCGACUCUGAUUUCCUAGACGACUGUUGCAAAUACCACCUGAAGGAAGUGGAGGAUGAACUGGCUGAGAUUGCAGAGAAAGUGAAAACCAUCCUGGUGGACCGAGAAGGAGGAGACCCGUCCGCAUCUGGAUGGCAGCGCAUCCAGAUGUACAUCUGGAGGCUGAUGGAGAAGCCGGAGUCCUCGCUGCCUGCGCGUGUCAUCGCUAUAGCUUCUUUCAUCUUCAUCCUCGUGUCUUCCGUGGUGAUGUGCGUGGGGACACUACCAGACCUGCAGGUGGAGGACUCGGAAGGUAAUCUCACAGAAAACCCAACUUUAGAGGUCAUCGACACAAUCUGCAUCGGAUGGUUCACUAUUGAAUACAUCCUGCGUUUCAUCUCCUCUCCAAAUAAAGUCAAAUUCCUCCUCGCGUUCAUGAACAUAAUCGACUUCAUGGCCAUCAUGCCUUUCUUCGUGGUGCUCAUUCUGACACAAUUUGGCACAGGUGUGAUGGAGCUGGCUAAUGUGCAGCAGGCGGUGCAGGCUUUACGCAUAAUGCGCAUUGCGCGCAUUUUCAAGCUGGCGCGUCAUUCCGCCGGACUCCAGACGCUCACAUCUGCACUGAAGAGCAGCUUCAAAGAGCUCGGCUUGCUCCUCAUGUACAUGGGCGUGGGGGUGUUUUUGUUUUCCGCACUGGGCUACACUAUGGAGCAGAGUCACCCGGAGACUUUGUUCACCAGCAUCCCACAGUCCUUCUGGUGGGCUGUGAUCACCAUGACCACGGUGGGCUAUGGAGAUGUGUAUCCAAAGACCACUUUAGGUCGGUGUAAUGCGGCCCUCAGCUUUCUGUGCGGAGUGAUCGCCAUCGCUCUGCCCAUACACCCCAUCAUCAACAAUUUUGUUUUGUUCUACAACAAGCAACAGGUGUUGGAGACCGCUGCCAAGCAUGAGAUCGAGCUGAUGGCGCUGCGAGAUGGAGAGGUGGAGGAGGAGGAGGAGGCUGCACCUGGUGCGCAUAAACAUGUUUGCUACAUGCGCUCCUGUCACAGCGACACACACAUCCCUUUACUGAAGGAUCCCAGAGGAGCUGCUGUAGGGAUCCAGACUCCCAGCAUGGACACGAGCUUUGAGAGCACAGCAGAGGCCACUGAAUAUUUCAUCUCAGAAAACACUGAAGGCAUCUGGAAAGAUAAAACAACAAAAACAUCAAAUUAAUUGUUGACUUAUUCAAACUUAAAGGGACUAUUUGUAACUUUCAGAAAUGCUUGUUAACAGCGACACCUGUGGCCGUUAAGUCAACUAAAGUCAGCAUUGGGCUCGCGCGUGCUCGCUCUAAAUAGACAUGAACGAGCAUCGCUCAAAACAGUGAGGCGACACACGUCAGCUAAAACCACUAUAUCACUCUAUAUUUCCCACUGCUUGGCAGUAAAGUUUGGCUGACCAGACGAAGGUCUCUCCAUGAAUCACUGCUAAUACUAGUGUUGGCUUUUCCUGCCUCAGCCUCCGGGGCUGAAGCAGGAAGAGAAACAUUAUCGCCAUUGCGCUGCCCAUACACCCCAUCAUCAACAAUUUAGUUUUGUUCUACAACAAGCAACAGGUGUUGGAGACCGCUGCCAAGCAUGAGAUUGAACUGAUGACGCUGCGCUCCGGAGAUGAUGGAGAGCUGGAGGAGGCUGCAUCCGGCGCGCAUAAAAAACAUGUUUGUAGCGCAGCUGGGGUCUGUAACAACGCCAUGAGCUCCUGUCACAGCGACACAGUAUACAUGCCUUUACUGAAGGAUUACAGAGGAGCUUCUGCAGAGAUCCAGACUCCCAGCAUGGACACGAGCUUUGAGAGCACAGCAGAGGCCACUGAGUAUUUCAUCUCAGAAAACACUGGAGGCAUCUGGAAAGAUAAAACAACAAAAACAUCAAAUUAAUUGUUGACUUAUUCAA